CUGGCAUUGGCUGGUACAGGGGUGCAGGUGAGCUGGCAGCAUCAAGUAACCAGGUGGAUGUGCUUCCAUGAGAGCUCUUUCCAACCCACCCAGUUCCUACUGCUGGUGGGGGUUCCGGUGGCGAGUGCCCUCCUUCUGGUCCAGUGCCUGCGAUGGCACCAUCGUCGCUGGCUGCUGCGGGCCUGCUGGAAGCUGGAGAGCCAAGAGGAGCCAGCAUCUGAACCCACUCCCCUACCAGAAAAUGAGUCCCCAAGGCAGUGCCCUGCGGCCACCCUGCCGGAAAUGGCUGCCUUCUACCAGGAACUGCACACGCCCACCCAGGGCCAGACCAUCACCCGUCAGCUGAUGCACAAACUGUUGGUGUUUUCGGCUCGGGAGGUGGAUCACCGUGGCGGCUGCCUGAUACUCCAGGAUACAGGCAUCUCUCUGCUCAUCCCACCAGGUGCUGUGGCUGUGGGCCGCCAGGAGCGGGUGUCACUGAUCUUGGUGUGGGACCUGUCAGAUGCCCCGUCAUUGUCCCGAGCCCAGGGGCUGGUGAGCCCCGUGGUGGCGUGUGGCCCCCAUGGGGCCUCCUUCCUGAAGCCCUGCACCCUCACGUUCAAGCACUGUGCCCAGCAGCCCAGCCAUGCCCGCACCUACAGCAGCGACACCAACCUGCUCGAUGGCAAGGCCUGGAAGCCCCUGGGGCAGUCAGGGGUCCACACUUCCCUGGACGAGUGUCGCAUCCACCUCUCCCACUUCAGCCUCUAUACCUGUGUGCUGGAGGCACCGGCGGGUUGUGAAGCUCGCAAAUGGUUGCAGCUGGCAGUGUUCUGCUCACCGCUGGCGCCAGGGCAGUCCCACUUGCAGCUGCGCGUCUACUUCCUCAACAACACGCCCUGUGCCCUGCAGUGGGCAGUGACCAAUGAGCAGCCUCACGGUGGGCGUCUGCGUGGGCCCUGCCAGCUCUUCGACUUCACUGGGGCCCGAGGGGACCAGUACCUGAAGCUGAAGUACAUCUCCGAGGGUUGGGAGAAUGUGGAUGACAGCAGUUGCCAGCUGGUUCCCCAUCUCCACAUCUGGCACGGAAAGUGCCCCUUCCGCUCCUUCUGUUUCCGGAGAAAAGCAGCCAAUGAGAACGAGGACUGCUCGGCACUAACCAACGAGAUCAUUGUCACCAUGCACACCUUCCAGGACGGCUUGGAGACCAAGUACAUGGAAAUCCUCAGAUUCCAGGCAUCAGAGGAGGCAUCUUGGGCAAUGCCACCUCCUGUCUUCCAGCCACCCGCAUGCAAUAGGUUGCCCCCUGAGCUCUUUGAGCAGCUGCAGAUGUUGUUGGAGCCAAACAGCAUCACGGGCAAUGACUGGCGUCGACUGGCCUCCCACCUGGGGCUCUGUGGCAUGAAGAUUCGAUUCAUGUCCUGCCAGCGCAGCCCGGCAGCCGCCAUCCUGGAGCUGUUUGAGGAACAGAACGGCAGCCUGCAGGAGCUGCACUCUCUCAUGACCCUCAUGGAGCGGCUGGACUGUGCCUCUGUCAUCCAGAGCUACCUGAGCGGGACACACAGCGGCAGCCUAGCCCCGGUACCAAGCGGGGGCGCCUGGGAGAACCAGGGCUCGGAGAUGGAGCUGGAGCUGGAUGAGAAGCUCUGA